AUGCCACUGAAAGAGGAGAGUCAAGAACUGAAUGAAAUGGAAGAGAAAGAUCAGUAUGAGGAAUGUCAUGAUUUCAUGACUGGGGAAAAAUCUUUGAGUGACUCGCAGACUCGUGAAACAGAAACUAGGAACCUUAAAGUUCACACUGAAGAGAAGCCUCAUGCCUGCCAACAGUGUGGGAGGAGCUUUGCACUAAAAGGAAGUCUUAACAUUCACAUGAGAGUUCACACUGGAGAAAGACCUUUCACCUGCCCUCAGUGUGGGAAACGUUUUGCACUAAAAGGAGAUCUUAAAAGUCACUUGAGAGUUCACACUGGAGAGAGGCCUUACUCCUGUCAACAGUGUGGGAGGAGCUUUGCACUAAAAGGAAAUCUGAAUAGCCACUUGAGAGUUCACAUGAGAGAGAGUUUCACCUGCCAACAGUGUGGAAAAGGUUUCAGUGAAGAACAGAGCCUUGAAAUCCACUUAAAAAUCCACGCUGGAGAGAAACCAUUCAAUUGCCCUCAGUGUGGAAAGAGUUUUGAACAGAAAAAAAACCUUAAUGUCCACAUGAGAACUCACACUGGAGAGAAGCGUUUCGCCUGCAAACUGUGUGAGAAGAGCUUCACACGAAAAGAAACAUUUAAGGGUCACAUGGCAAUUCACAAGGGAGAGAAUCCUUUUGAUUGUGGUCAGUGUGGAAAGAGUUUCAGAUAUAAAAGAAACCUUAAGCAUCACAUGAGGAUUCACUCUGGAGAGAAACGUUUAGAUGUCACUGACAGGAAUCCCCGUAAGAAUCGUGUAAAACGUCACAUUGUAGAGAAGCCUCACACAUGCCCUCACUGUGAAAAGAGUUUCACACAAAGUACAAAGCUGGAGGAGCACAUAAGAAUUCACACUGGAGAGAAACCUUUCACCUGCCCUCAGUGUGGAAAGAGCUUCACAAUUAAAGGAAACCUUAGGAUUCACAUUAGAGUUCACACUGGAGAGAAGCCUUACAAAUGUCCUCAGUGUGAAAAGAGUUUCACGUAUCACACAGACCUGAAACGGCAUUUGCAAACUCACUCUGUAAAGAUAAUUCUGAUUUCCACAGUGUGACGAGAGGUUUAGAAAAAGGAGGCAAUAGAAAAUGUUUAUCUUUUAGAAAACAAUGUUACCUUCUCACACCACAGCUGAAAGUGAGCUUCAUCUGAUUUAACUUUUUGACUACUUUUUUUUUAAUUUGUAUUAUUUAUGUCCUUUACCUUUUUAUUCUUCACCUGACCAUCUUCUUUGCUAUAGUUUCAAAUAUUAAGCAGACACCCUUUAAUUUAGACCAGGGGACGGCAACCAAUAGAGAAAACUGCAUACCAAUGUUCAUUUUGAGGUCCUCUGCACAAUCUGACUUUGCUGCAGACUGGAAUUGAACUGCAGGUUUGUCUGGCCAGAGGA